AUGGCCUCGGCCAAACCUCCCGAGCCACCCGAACAGUCUCCCACAAACUCCUUCCGUCGCGAAAAUGCCCGCUUGCUCUCUCUGCUUGGCCGUCCACCCCAGUCUGACUGCUCCGACUCCACCUUCCAUCUCUCCGUGCAUCCCAUCCUCGACGGAGAAGACCAGAUCCUUCCCGUCAACCCCUCCCCUACGGCUGUCCGUCAUUCCGUCCACCCCCAUUCCGCUCCGCUGGGGCCGGUGCCCUUGCCCGGCCUAGAGUCUGCUGUCAACUUAUGGCUAACAUCUCACGACAUCCCGCCCGACGAGAUUCCCACCGGUGCCGCCCUAUGCGCCGCGGUCGGCAAGCCGUGCCGCCGCUACUUUCGCCGCAAACUCGCCGUCUUCCGGCAGGCGGCCCAAGGCCUGCACAUUGACUCCGACGAUAUUCCGGCCGAGAACGACCUCCGCCUACGACGCUCAUGGCCCCGCGUGUUGCAUGUGUUGGCACGAGUCGCAGCCGCCCUCGACCCGGAGGGGUGGCAAGCUGCCGUCGCCACGUCGCAGCCGCCUCUGCAAAUGCCCGAGAAGGUCGGCUGGCGCGAAUGUGUGCUCAACGAGAGCUGGGCUGGCGACUGGCUUCUGCGCAGAAUGGCAGAGGCCCAUGGAGAGGAAACGUGUACCAUCGCUGUUGCGGGCACUCAAGGCGGCGGAAAGUCCGCGACGGUGUCACGCUUGCUCGGUCGCGUGGGACGCGUUGAGAGCCAUGCCUUUUCGUGUGCUCCGGCGGAAGAGGAGAUGGAUCCUGGGGAAAAGGAAACGGCUAGGAAACUGAGGCACUUGCGCGCCCUGACGUUUCCGGAUGUUCCCAUUGAGGUUGACACGCCGACUGGCGAGUCGAAUGUAGAUCGAAGUCAUGUCAAGGUCGACGGGAAGACUGUGACGUUCCUGGAAUUGCCUAGUAUGGAGGAGAUUUUGGAUUAUACGGAUGAGUCGGCGAUCAAGUAUUCCGUGCAGUACGGCAAUUUUGAUGAGGUUGUGGAGAGUGUUCAGGGGGAGUUUGUAGAUUACGUCCUCUUGGUUGAUCGCAUGGAUGACUUGGAGGAGGAGAAGAUGAAAAGGAUAGCUCGGAGAUUGAGAAGAAUCUAUGGGAGACAUGUUCUAGAGAAGACGAUCGUUGUGCUUACACAUGGUCAAGAACUUCCUCCUGGAGAUCUUUCGUUCGACGUGUGGAUGUAUGACCGCAUCAGAGUCGUGAGGGAACUGUUGCAGAAGGCGCAUGGGAAGAGGAGACCAUUACACAUUCCCAUCGUUGUGUUUGAGAACAGCCAUCAUUGCAGAAUUGACGAAACCUCUGGCAGGCCGGUGUUAGCGGACAACACCGACUUCCUCGAACGGUUUCUGUCAGAAUUUCGGCAGCUAGUCCACAAAAACGCUGAGACACCGCCCCUUGCACCCAUUCCACCAAGGCGUUGGUGGGAAAACUACGUGAUUCUUAUAUGUUUUGGGGUGCUGGCGUCACGACUCGUCUGA